AUGAAAGAAGACCUCGCGUACCUUUCCGGCCCCCAGGUGGUGGGUCUGAGACGGUGGAACCAGGACUGGCUGAGGCUGUCGGUUGACCUGACACAGGAUCGCCGCGCUUGGGCCGCCAUGAUCAGGGAUGUCAUGCGUGCCAAGGAAGAAGCCGAGUGCUGGACUCAGUGGUUUGAUCGAGACAACCCCUCCGGUCACGGAGAUUUUGAAACUCUUUCCGAGCUGCACAAAGAAAACCCAUCCAAAAUCUGUGACCAUCCAAUUGAAAUCGAGGUCCAAACUACAUCUGGAGUCCGUGUUGGCUCAACAAACAAUGUGAUUUACAGGCUUGACAUGCGCAGAGGAUUUAUUUGUAGAAAUGUUGACCAGCUCGACGGGGGCUGUGCAGAUUAUAAAGUUCGCUUCUUGUGCCCCCUUAAAUUCUGCAACCCAAAAGGAUGCUGGACUGCAUGGUUUGAUCGAGACAACCCCUCUGGUCAUGGAGACUUUGAAACUCUUCUCGAGCUGCACAAAGAAAACCCAUCCAAAAUCUGUGACCAUCCAAUUCAAAUUGAGGUCAAAACAACAUCUGGAGCCAUAUGCAGGACUCAGUGGUACAAUCACGACAACCCUAGUGGAACGGGAGACUUUGAGCUACUUGAGAAACUUCGCGUCAAGAACCCAAAUGAAAUCUGCCCAUUUCCACUUGACAUUGAGGUCCAAACGGUCGCUGGAAACACUGGCUUCAACAGGGGACAAAAAUGCUGUGUAAGAACAGUACGAGAUCUUCCCCCGCAAAUGCACUUCUUGACAUUGAGGUCCAAACGGUCGCUGGAAACACUCUGGCUUCAACAGGGGAUAACAAUGCUGUUGACUGAUUUCCAUUGCUCCUAUGAUGGUGACAAAGUUCUAUUUCAUCUCUCCAGAUCAGACACAACUAUUGGGUUCAUCUGUCAAAAUGCUGACCAGGAGGGUGGACGCUGUUCAGAUUAUAAACUUCGCUUCGUAUGUCCCAUUGAUUUCUGUAAUAGACGAGGGUAAUCAAGUGAAAUAAAGUUUUAAAUAAUCACAAGUUGUUCGUUUUUGGUCCCCCCUGCAGAGACAGAAAAAUGUGAAAAGGCAAUUAAGGAAUCAAUGUAUUAGUUAGGGUGGCUAAGCGAUAGGUAACAUAAGCUUCACUUCUCGUGACGACAAGUUAGCGGCAUUGUUAGUCCACGUGGAGCCUUUUGGUUGGUCAAAAUGCCCCCACGUUCCAACCAGCAGCUGCUCAGUGUCAAAGUACAAAUUCACUCUGUACAAAUCUGUUUUAGUGAGGGGGCGGGGGUGCAAAAGUGACUUGUCUGUACAGCAAAAAAUCAUUUCUACAAGG